ACAUCUUUGCUAUGUGGUAACAAAAAUAAUGCUAUAUCCAUGCUAAUUUACAUGAUCUGAGGCAGUAAUAGCGACUGAUCCUCGUAAUUUGGCCAUAGAACUCAAGAAGAAAAAGGCAGUCAUAUUAUCAGAACCUUUGGACCAUCGGCAAAGAGAGAUUCUCCCAAACUUACCAUUUGCUUUUUAUCUAUUGAUUUUACAUUAUUAUUUUUCUAGGCUUCGAAGUUUAUAUUAGAACGAUUAAACACACAAAUAUUGUACCAGAUAUCUCAUAAACCAUUAAAUAAUGUCAUAUCAACUUUAUAGAAAUACCACUUUGGGACAUACACUUCAAGAAAGUUUGGACGAAUUAAUUCAAUAUGGACAAAUAACACCACAGUUGGCUUGCAAGGUAUUGCUUCAGUUCGAUAAAUCUAUUAAUCAGACUCUUGCAACAAAAGUUAAGUCAAGGCUUACAUUUAAGGCUGGAAAGCUAAAUACAUACAGGUUUUGUGAUAAUGUGUGGACUUUUAUGUUGAAUGAUGUUGAAUUCAGAGAAGUUCAAGAGAUUACCAAAAUUGAUAAAGUCAAAAUUGUGGCCUGUGACGGAAAAAAUGUUGCGGAAGAAGGAUCAUCAAAAAAAAAUUAAUUUUUGAUCAAACAUAUACUCACUUCAUAAAAUAGUCAUUAAAACCUUUUGUUGUAAAAAUGAAAUUUUGUAAAGUGUAAAAUUGCCGUGUGUGUCCUAUCGCUGUACUAUUUACAUAAAGUUUAUGUGCCCACUUG